AUGGGUCGUAAAAGAUUACCUAUGGAACUCAUUCAAAAUGAGAAAGAUCGCAAGACAACAUUUCUGAGGAGAAAGAGAGGCUUAAUAAAGAAAGUUUACGAGUUUGCCACUCUUUGUGGGGUUGAUGUUUGCGCAAUUAUCUAUGCCUCCAACUUUGAAGGCCAAGAAUUUGCUGAGCCUGAAACAUGGCCUCAAGACAAAACAGAGGUAUGUCGCAUCAUUCAAAAGUAUCUUAACAGUGAUAGUGAUAGGCGUCCAAAAGUCUAUGAUAUGCAAGAGUAUUAUAAGGAUAGGAUAAGAAAGGUUGAAGCUGAAAUUUUCAAUGCGCGCAAAGAGAGGCUCAAGAUCAUGUGUCCAACCUGGGAUUAUUCUUUCAAUACUCUUACCACGGAACAACUGAAUGCGUUUGUUAGUAUGCUGGAUGCUAAGAUUGAUGCCUGUAAUAAAAAACUCACUAGUCUAAAACCAGACCCAAAGGGAAAAGCAAUAGAAGAAUCAGACAAGGGUGACACACUUGCUCUCAACAUGGCCUCAAAUACUAGUAGUCACCUUAAUUUCAUGAUGUCUCAACCACAACCUUUCCCUCUCCAUAUGAAGGCAAUUAGUGUUAACAACAAGCUGUCACUUUAUCCAUUUCAUCUUGGCCAGAGUUCUCAAUCUUCCGAGCUUCAUUUUGGUCAAAACUUAACACAAUUGGUGGGAAAUAAUGGAAUUGUGGGUUGGGGUGAUCAAGUUGGUCCUGUUACUCAUAUUCCCAAAAAUGUUAUGCUGAAGGAGGAUACAGCUGAAAAAAUUGAAAAUCACCAACUAUGCUAUUACAAUGGAAAUAUACAGACAAUGCAGCCUAAUACUAUUGCUCCACAGACUCUUCCAUUUCAUGAAGCAGCUUAUACCAUGUUACAAGGUCAAAUGUUCAACUGCAAGCAAUGA